AUGGUGAUUUUUCUUGUGAAAAGAAAUGAUGAGAAUCAGUUUCUUUACGAGACUGAUGUAGAUAAGGAGGUCGAUGAUGUUGUUAAGGAUAUAACCGCUAUUUUCAAUGGAAGGUUGAAAGUGAACCGUUUGUGCUAUGAAAUAGAUGAGCUACAAAAACAUGGGACCUUCUUGCCGCCUGAAAUGCAAGGCCUUAAUGAAGAUCAGAUUAAAGAACUGAAACUGGAAGAUCCAUGGGCGAAGCGCUGCGCUCCACCAGGUCAUGUCUUCGUGAAAGAUGAGAUGGGACGUCGCUGUGGCCUUGCUCCCCCUCCCAAUAUGCAAGAAGUCAUCAAGAAAGCUGCAGAGGACGCCAAGGAGUUCAUAAGUAAGAAACAUGUGGACCUUCGUAAAUGCUUGACUCAGAAAGACGUGGCUAGAGCUCUCGAUGAGCUUCGUGGCGCCACCAAGAUCGUGUUCCCUGGUGGGCUACCACCACACGACCCAGUUCGGAUGGAGUUGGACAACGUGGAAGACCUGACUGGAACCCACGCCUCCACUGAAGUCAUCGAUCCAUCCAGAGCUUGCCUCUGGGCGUGUGGGAAGAAGUUUAUCAGUGGAAAUAAACUGAGGGACCAUUUGGGGAAUAACAACAAAACCAAAGUCACAGUGAAGCUCUGCUCCAAUUCCGAGGGAGCUCCAGGAAGGGAGCCAAUUAUGAGCGAAGAAGAACGCAAGCAACUCACUCUCCAUGCUUACAGAAAGCAGGAAGAAUGGAAGAAGUUGGAAGCUGAUGAAGACGACAGCUACAUGGACUCGAAAUGGGCUGAUGGCCAAAACAUGAAAAGAUACUUUCAUGGCCUUGAAAAUAUCUCCUGGAAACCCACUUUCAAGAAGUAG